AGGCUGGGCGCGCACUUCGAAGGCGCGGACCGCCGAUCGCUGUGAGGGGCAGCUGAGCCCCGGGCGGUAACGCCUGCAGCGCUUACGGCUGCCGUCCCCCGCCGCCCGCUACAUGAGCUGAUGGUGCCGCUGAUAUAAGCAGCUCUUUGCUGGAAGCCGCUGACGAUUUCAGUACCUUGGAGUGUGAGAAAUGGACAACAGCGUUUAUCAAGUUUAUGAAGAUGAAAUUCAGUUGCUGGAAGAAGAAAUUAAGCUGUUGUCUGACAAAUAUGAAGAUAUCCAACAGGAAUCCACCUUUUUUUCUGAUGAAGAAGUACUGAUGUCAGUAAAAUUAUUCCAAAGAGAAUUUCUGGCAGAACAUAAGGGGCACGGACCUCCACUGGACCUGAAAGCUGAACUUGAAAGUCUACAGAGAGAUCUCUCCUUUUUGGUGAAGUUUACUGGCAUUCAGAUCACCAGUCAUUCUAAGAAAACUUUAGAAAAGACUGGAAAUAGAACAGUUCAGAAGCACAGAUUAUCAGGAAAUUGCCAGUCCUUGCCUUUUUCUUUGGAAUUCCAGCUUCUUGAAGUGCAGAACAAGGAGAAUGUGUCUGCUGCUAUCACUGAUCUCAGCAUCGCAAUAGAAUCUGGACAGCAUUCAGAAUUAAGCAAGUUUGUGUCCAGAGCUGAAGAAAAUGGAAAUCUCUUGAUGUUUUUCAGAAACCUUUCAUCUUAUGCUGAGUGGUGUGAACAUCGUAGAUGCACCUUCUUACAUUUCAAGAUGAACUGUAUGAGAGAGCGAGUGUACAAAGGGCUGGUAUUCCAGAGUGCCUUCACAACAAAACCUGAAACACUGCUGUUUCCACGUCUACUUCUUGGAUUGCAGAAAUACAGAACAAAUCAAUAUAUUGGACAUUAUGGUUACUCAUUUUAUUUACCUUGCUUGCCUAGAUUAUGCUCACUUACUUACCUUGAAAGCGUUGUUUUUGAUUCCUCUGCUCUUGAUUCUGUUCUGGUUCGCGUUAAAUGUUGUUAGUUUGGGAGGUAGAACUGGAAGUUUUACAAGCCGGUUUUCAGCAAGAGAAAGUUCUUCCAAUAACAAAAGCUUUGAAAAGGCUCCAUCUUCUAUUUCUUCUAUCAUAUUCCCACUAAAAUCAAUUCUUCUCAAAGUAGCUUAACACAAAAGGAGUGAAAAUUUAAAUAUUGAAUGUAGAAUUGCAUAACGUGAAAAAUACAUGGUUUUACGUUAGGAUGGUACAACCAUUGUCAUCGUAACAUCUGCUAGUACUUACAUUUGCAGAUCACAAACUAAGAAUUUUAUUUAUAUACAUAAAUUUCAUGAAAUCAAUUGUUUACAUGUAUGAGACUUCCUGUUUGCACAGAGGCAACAUGACUUUAUGUAUUGGUAGAAUUUCCCAUGUCAUAGAGUGAAGUGGGCGGGCAAGAUCUAGAGCAUUGGAAAGAAAUAUACAUGAUGGUUUAAGACUGGCUGGCAUACAAUUAAAUUUCUUUUUUAUCAAUCUGUUCCUUGAUGGUUUGGAAAUAUUAAGAUAGAUGUGUGGAUCAAAAUGGGUUUCCAUAUUGCCUUCAGAGUUCCAUCACUAAUACAAGCAUUGAAUUAAAUAAGUAAUGCACAUCAUGUAAACUAGCAAAAUAUAAAGUGUACAUUUAUAAUUAUUUUGGUAGCCUUGGUGUAGUGUAGGACACCAGCAAAU